AUGAGAGGAAGACCGUACCAAAGGCGAUACGAACGCAGUGAAUAUUCGGGCAAAUUAACGUAUUCGUACGAUGCCCACGCCAUAUCGACAGAAAUACCAAAACGUUUCACAACGAAAAGCGAUCCCACGUUUUUGGAUAACAAAGUACCUGUUGAGAACUCAAGUGGCUUUAUGGAAAUUACAGAUACACUUCAAGCAGCCGAAUGCGAGGCAUUUGAUGACGAUACACUGAAUGAAAACUCAACUGACUUUAACCCCAACGCUGCAUACUCACCCACGAAGUUGCCAUCAGAUUCCCUAAGCACGCCUUCCCAUGAGGAAUCUCACCACAAACAGUCUUAUCCCUCAGCUUCUCCUACCACUUCGUCUUCAAAUAUCACUCGUGCUCAUUUUGUUGCCGUAAAUUUAUUGUCUAGGCGUUCUACUUCUCUCGGGUCUCUCACUUUGGGCUUCGGUGUUCUUCAAUUUCUCAGUAUAUUUUACAAACUCUUCAUCUGA